AAAAACCACAGUGCUUGCCCUGUCGAGCUGGGUGCAGAGUACCAGCUGGGGCCCCACGUUGGAUUCCACUUAGUGUUUGGAGGGUUUGACUGCAUGGUGCUAUAAGUCUCUGGGAACGCAUACCUCAAACACAGCACCUGACUGAGCGCCUGGUCUCCAUCAGCAUCCCUUCAUUCCUCACCCAAGCUCCUGCAUGUCUAAUAUUUAGACAUGUUCAGCUUUGUGGACUCAAGAACUGUUCUGCUACUUGUAGCAUCCCAAGUAGUUUUACUAUCUGUGGUCAGAUGUCAGGAGGAGGACGACCAGACAGUCGGUGUUAAGGGCCAGAAAGGAGAACCAGGAGAGAUUGCAGAUGUUGUAGGACCAAGAGGACCAGCUGGCCCAAUGGGUCCCCCAGGUGAGCAAGGACCACGUGGAGAAGCUGGCGCUAAGGGUGAUAAGGGAAAUCCUGGACCUCGAGGGAGAGACGGUGAACCCGGCACACCUGGAAACCCUGGCCCCGCUGGCCCACCUGGACCACCAGGGCUGGGAGGUAACUUUGCUGCCCAGAUGGCUGGAGGCUUUGACGAGAAGGCUGGAGGAGCUCAGAUGGGAGUGAUGCAGGGACCCAUGGGCCCCAUGGGCCCCCGUGGUCCCCCUGGACCUUCUGGAUCUCCUGGACCACAAGGUUUCCAAGGUUCCCCUGGAGAGGCUGGAGAGUCUGGUCCAGCUGGACCAAUGGGACCUCGUGGACCACCUGGACCAUCUGGAAAACCAGGAAGUGAUGGUGAAUCUGGCAAACCUGGCAAACCUGGUGAGCGUGGACCUGCAGGGCCUCAGGGAGCUCGUGGAUUCCCUGGAACUCCUGGACUUCCUGGAAUUAAAGGGCACAGAGGUCAUCCUGGUCUGGAUGGAGCUAAAGGAGAGACGGGAGCUGCAGGAGCCAAGGGUGAGACUGGUGCUGCCGGAGAGAACGGUGCCCCUGGAUCGAUGGGCCCACGUGGUCUGCCUGGUGAGAGGGGACGUCCUGGAGCUGCUGGAUCUGCAGGUGCUCGUGGAAAUGAUGGCUUGCCUGGUCCUGCUGGUCCCCCUGGCCCAGUUGGUCCUGUUGGGGCACCCGGUUUCCCAGGAUCCCCAGGAGCUAAGGGAGAAGCUGGUCCCACUGGUGUCCGUGGAGCUGAGGGACAACAGGGUCCCCGCGGAGAAGCUGGUACACCAGGAUCUCCUGGACCAGCCGGAGCAGGGGGUAACCCAGGUACUGACGGGAUCCCUGGAGCCAAAGGAUCUGCUGGUGCUCCUGGUAUUGCUGGUGCUCCUGGAUUCCCCGGCCCUCGUGGACCACCUGGACCUCAGGGAGCAACUGGAACUCUGGGGCCUAAAGGACAGUCUGGAGAUCCUGGUCUGCCUGGAUUGAAGGGAGAAUCUGGACCAAAAGGGGAGCUUGGCCCUGCUGGUCCUCAAGGUCCCCCUGGUCCUGCUGGAGAAGAAGGAAAGAGAGGCGCCAGAGGAGAACCUGGAGCUGCUGGGCCACUAGGACCUCCAGGAGAAAGAGGUGAUCGUGGUGAGCUCGGUCCUCCUGGGCCCGCUGGCUUUGCUGGACCUCCUGGUGCAGAUGGUCAGCCUGGUGCCAAGGGAGAGCACGGUGAGUCCGGACAGAAGGGAGAAGCUGGUGCCUCUGGACCUCAGGGACCAUCUGGAGCUCCUGGACCUGUGGGACCUACUGGCGUAUCUGGACCUAAGGGAGCACGUGGUGCUCAGGGACCUCCUGGAACCACUGGUUUCCCUGGUGCUGCUGGUAGAGUUGGAUCUCCUGGUCCUAAUGGUAACCCCGGUUCUGUUGGUCCUGCUGGCCCUGCUGGUAAAGACGGUCCAAAGGGUGUACGUGGCGAUGCCGGGCCUCCAGGCAGAGCAGGAGACGCAGGCCUUCGUGGACCCGCCGGCCCUCCAGGAGAGAAAGGAGAGCCUGGAGAGGAUGGACCACCUGGUUCUGAUGGGCCUUCAGGUCCUCAGGGUCUGGCAGGAUCUCGUGGUAUUGUUGGUUUGCCUGGUCAGCGUGGAGAGAGGGGCUUCCCUGGCCUCCCUGGACCUUCUGGAGAGCCUGGCAAACAGGGAGCCUCUGGUGGUGCUGGUGACCGUGGACCUCCUGGACCUGUAGGACCUCCUGGACUUACUGGACCUGCUGGAGAACCAGGCAGGGAGGGCACUCCUGGGUCAGAUGGACCUCCCGGUAGAGACGGUGCUCUUGGAGUCAAGGGAGAGCGAGGUAACACUGGACCUGCUGGCGCUCCUGGAGCUCCCGGAGCUCCUGGUGGACCUGGACCUGUCGGACCUCUCGGCAAGCAGGGAGACAGAGGAGAGGCUGGCGCUCAAGGACCUGCAGGACCCCCAGGACUAGCUGGUGCACGAGGAAUGGCUGGACCCCAAGGACCACGUGGAGACAAAGGAGAGGCUGGUGAGGCUGGAGAGAGGGGUCAAAAGGGUCACCGUGGCUUCACCGGUCUGCAGGGUCUUCCUGGGCCCCCAGGUCCUGCUGGAGACUCUGGAGCUUCCGGACCCGCUGGACCAAGUGGAGCGAAGGGACCACCUGGACCAGUUGGACCCGCUGGCAAAGACGGAUCCAAUGGGCAACCUGGCCCCAUCGGACCUCCUGGACCUCGUGGACGUUCUGGAGAAACUGGUCCUUCUGGUCCUCCUGGUAACCCUGGACCCCCUGGUCCUCCUGGACCACCAGGCCCAGGCAUUGAUAUCUCUGCCUUUGCUGGCCUGGGUCAAACUGAGAAGUCCCCCGAUCCUCUCAGGUACAUGAGGGCAGACGAGGCUUCCAGCUCCCAGAGGCAGCAUGAUGUUGAGGUCGAUGCCACACUCAAGUCCCUCAACAACCAGAUCGAGACCCUGCGCAGUCCUGACGGCACCCAGAAGAACCCUGCCCGCACCUGCAGAGACCUCAAACUGUGCCACCCUGAGUGGAAGAGUGGUGAUUACUGGGUUGAUCCCAACAUCGGCAGCACAGCGGACGCUAUUAAGGUCUUCUGUGACAUGGAGACAGGAGAGACCUGUGUCUACCCAAGCAUCGCCAAGGUACCAAGGAAGAACUGGUGGACCAGCAAGGGCAACGACCGCAAACACGUCUGGUUCGGAGAGUCCAUGAAUGGAGGAUUCCACUUCAACUAUGCCCAAUCCGGCCCUGCUGCCAUCGCUGCCAGCGUCCAGCUCACCUUCUUGAGGCUUUUAUCCACUGAAGCAUCCCAGAACCUCACGUAUCACUGUAAAAACAGCAUUGCCUACAUGGAUCAGGCCACAGGAAACCUGAAGAAGGCUUUGCUGCUGGAAGGCUCCAACGACGUGGAGAUCCGUGCGGAGGGCAACAGUCGGUUUACUUACAGCGUGUUGGAGGACGGCUGCAAGAGUCAUACAGGCCGGUGGGGCAAGACUGUCUUUGAGUACAAAACACAGAAAACCUCCCGUCUGCCAAUCGUAGACAUUGCACCUAUGGACAUCGGAGGAGCAGAACAGGAGUUCGGAGUGGAUGUAGGCGCCGUCUGCUUCUUGUAAAACGGAGCAUCAAAACAAGCCCCCCUAAACGCAGGAUAUAAAUAAGAUAAAAACUCAACCGUGAAACAUCACACACUUCCACAUUAAAGAAGACUGGAAAUUACAAAAAAAAGAAGAAAAAAAAAGAAAAUUGAUUCAUUUUCUCACACAACGAAGUGCUCUCCAAGUUGUACUUCCUGGAUGUGAGCACUGAAGGGCACCGGCAAUAUCUGUACACCACACCUGCAUU